AUGCAACAGGUUCUGGUAUGCUGUCGACCUUCAAGUCCUGGAAGUGUUCCGUCCCAUAGGGCACACUUCCCAUUCCGUUUCGAUUUUCGAUGUACUACUAGUUUCAGAGCGCUAACAAUCCCUAGCACUGAUUUCAUAUCUUAUUUCAGUGAGCAAGAUCCUCCAGCAUCGCUUUUGAAGCUCAAUAUGAUUGCUGAGAGGGAGAAGGGGUGGCUGUUGGUGGUGGAAUCUCUCAUUGAAACCGUACCCGACGAUGACUCUUUGGGUCCUGCUGUGAUUACACUAUUUCUCGACGAAUGUCCCCUACCUUCGAAGGACACUGUUCAUCGACUUCUGUGCUCUCUUCGUCUUGAUCAAGCAACUUCUUCGUCAUCAACACGAAGGCGUAGCUGGCACCGCAAUACAUGCAUUGUUUUGGGUUCAUUGGCGGAGAAGCUUGCUGGAAGCAGCAGUGUCGCCAUGGACUUCUCAUAUAAAAUUUACUUUCAGUCGCCUCCAUUCACUCAGGCACGAGUGGUUCUUUUUGCACUUUUGGCUCUGGAAAAGUUCGCUCAAACGAGCGAAAAUCAGUUUUUAAUAUCGCGGAAAUUGGAAGAGUCUGCAACACAUCCACUCAAGCAACUGGAGGAAUGGCGAAAUUGCACAUCGAAUGCCAUGAAACGGCAAGUAGGAUUUUGUGCAACAUGGGCGCUUGAUAACAUCUUCAUAACGCCUAAUCGAACUUAUGCGUAUGAAAACACUGAUGUAUCGAAGAUAAAUGCGAUGCUCAAUCACGAGGACGUCAGCGAAUAUCUGAAGAUCGGACCAGACGGAUUGGAGGCUCGUUGCGACGUAUCCUCGUUUGAAUCCGUGAGAUGCACGUUCGCUGUACAAGAUGGCGUAUGGUUCUAUGAGGCCACUGUAUUCACUCCAGGUGUCAUGCAAAUUGGAUUCGCCACGAAGCGGAGUCGAUUCUUGAAUCAUGAAGGCUACGGAAUCGGUGACGAUGAGUCUUCUGUGGCCUACGAUGGUUGUCGUCAGUUGUUAUGGCAUAACGCCCACUCGAGCCGACACGAGCACGAGCCAUGGUGUCCAGGGGACGUCGUUGGUUGUUUGCUGAAUAUACCAAUGGGAACUGUGAUGUUUUACCUGAAUGGUCGUCCUUUGCAAAGGCCUCAUCUGGAGUUUUUGAGAAAUCGGCCGGUCGGUGAUGGAGUUUUUGCUGCAGCGUCGUUCAUGUCGUUUCAGCAGUGCCGCUUCAAUUUUGGAGCGGAACCAUUCAAAUAUCCUCCUGAUGUUGCAUUCAGCACUUUCAACGAUGGUGGGGCUACAUUAACAACGGAGCAGAAGACAAUUCUUCCUCGGCGAAGGCGAUUGGAACUUUUGCAAAAAGAACCAAUUCCUGAAGAUUACUGCACCAUAUGCUAUGCUCAUCCAGGAGACACUGUUUUGGAGCCUUGCAUGCACGGUGGUAUAUGCAACACCUGCUCCGUUCAAAUGGACCACUGUCCAUUGUGUCGACAACCUAUAGAAAAUCGCCUUCCGAUCAACGAUGCCCCUCCGAUAGCCAUUCGUAAGGUUUCUUCGUCACACCUGAUUCCCGCUCGACGCAUCUCGGCGGGUCAACCACUUUUUUCUCCUGCUCAGCGAAUUACUACGGAGUUGUGA